UCCACCUCCCUCCUUUUGCUGCAGUGUGGUCCAAUUGUCUUGAAAUUAUCCUCAAAGUCUCUCCUAAACCUUGCUUAGUUUUUGGAUAAUUAUGGAUUUAGACAAUUAUGCAAGAUAUGUGAGUCCUGUUAAUCCAGCUGUCUAUCCUCACUUGGCUGUGAUAUUGUUAGGGAUUGGUCUCUUUUUCAUGGCUUGGUUCUUUGUAUAUGAGGUAACGUCCACCAAGUUUUCUCGUCGCAUAAUGAAGGAACUCUUGGUCUCGUUGUGGGCAGCCGUUUUCACUGGGUUUGGCACUCUGUUUUUGCUCUUAUGGGUGGGAAUUUACGUUUAGAACAUAAUUCUUUUUUUCAUUACUCUCCAAGAAAAAAUUAAUUAUUAUAAUUUAA